AUGGAAAAGUACGAGAAAUUGGAGAAGGUUGGAGAAGGGACAUAUGGGAAGGUAUACAAGGCUAAAGACAAGGCGACUGGGCAGCUCGUUGCCCUAAAGAAAACCCGUCUCGAGAUGGACGAGGAGGGCGUUCCCCCUACCGCCCUACGCGAGGUCUCUCUCCUUCAGAUGCUCUCUCAUUCUCUCUAUGUGGUGCGACUUCUCUGUGUCGAGCACGUUGAUAAGAAUGGCAAACCUGUUCUCUAUCUCGUGUUCGAGUAUCUUGAUACUGAUCUCAAGAAGUUUAUUGACACUUACCGUAAAGGCCCUAACCCUGGGCCAAUGCCGCCGACUCUCAUCCAGAGUUUCCUUUACCAGUUAUGCAAGGGGGUGGCGCACUGCCACAGUCAUGGUGUCCUCCAUCGGGAUCUCAAACCCCAGAAUCUACUUGUCGAUAAGGAAAAAGGGGUCCUCAAGAUUGCGGAUCUUGGGCUAGGCAGGGCUUUUACUGUUCCCCUCAAGAGUUAUACCCAUGAGAUAGUUACUCUCUGGUACAGAGCACCUGAGGUUCUUCUGGGAUCCACUCAUUACUCUACGGCUGUUGAUAUGUGGUCUGUUGGCUGUAUUUUUGCUGAGAUGGCAAGAAGACAAGCUUUAUUUCCUGGUGAUUCGGAGUUCCAGCAACUGCUUCACGUAUUCAGGUUGCUGGGAACGCCAACAGAGAAACAGUGGCCUGGAGUUAGUUCACUGAGGGAUUGGCAUGUGUAUCCACAAUGGGAACCUCAGAACUUGGCUCGUUCUGUUCCAUCACUGGGACCUGAUGGAGUUGACCUUCUAUUGAAAAUGCUUAAAUAUGAUCCGGCUGAAAGAAUUUCUGCUAAAGCUGCUAUGGAUCAUCCCUACUUCGAUGGCUUGGAUAAAUCUCAAUACUGA